AUAAAGAAUGAGAAUAAUGAGUAUAAAGAGAAUGAAGAUAAUGAUUAUGAAGAGGAUGAAGAGAAUGAAGAAAAGUAUGAAGAGGAUGAAGAAGAUGAAUGUGAAGAGGAAGAGGAUGGAUAUGAUAGAGAAUAUAAUAAUUGCUAUAAACAAGAAACAAUUAACGAGUGGCUUAGAUUGU